AUGAAACAAGUGAUACAAAUCGAAACAAGUGAUUCAUCAGAUGAUGAAAAGAAUACAGAUGGAGGAAAAGCAACAAAAUUGAAAAUUGCUGAUGUAGCUGAAAAUGAUGAACAUUCUUCAGCAGAUGAAAAAGAAAAAAAUGUAACAAAUAAAGUUUCAUCUAAAACUAAACGAAAGACAAAAAGAACGUCCAAUACUAAACGAAAACAAAACCGUCCAAAAUCAACAAGUACUAGUGAAAGAUCACGUAGGAAAACUGUUCAAACAGGAUUAAAUGGGAAUUAUUGGAAUGUUGUUCAAAUUGACCGUAAUUCUACUACUAGUACAUAUAAUUCCAAUCAACUCAAUGACGACGACGAUGAUGAUGAUGAUGAUGGCAAUGAUAGUAUAUAUUCAUCAGGAAGAGAAGAUGAUACUAAGCUUCAAAAAAUCUUAGCAUCAUCAUCUUCAUCAUCAUCAGAAAGAGAAGUUAAUCUACGAACAUUACUAUAUUCUAAUCGAACAUUUAUAACAUGUCGAAGUCCAGAAGAUUCAUUUUUUCUUUGUCAAGUUCUUCAAGAUGUUUAUAAUGAUACGAAAAGAAUUCGUAUUCGUUGGUGUUCAUUAGCUAAUGAAAAUGGUGAUGAAACAAAAGUGGAUGAUAAAACACAUUUUAAAUUUGAUUAUGAAGAUAUAUUAGAUCCAAAAACAGUUUUAACUGGUAUACCACAUGUUACUCGUCAUGCUGACAAUACAAUCUCAUUAAAAGAACCAGAUAUUAUUGAAACAAAACGUUUAUUAGAAAAAUCAAUUCGUGGUGAAAGUUUAUCAUCGGAUGAACCUAUGGAUUUAUCGACAGAGAAUAAUAUUAAAACAUCCAAUAAGUCAACGUCAGAUUUAAGUAAUGAUAGUUUACCUAUUAAAGAAGCAUUAAAAAAAAUUAAAAAACGAAAAAUAUCACCGGAAAGUUCACGAAAACAACCAGUUAAAAAAAAGAUACGAAAAAUGAGUGGUGAAUCUACACUUAAACGACGACCAACAAUAGAUAUUAAUGAUAUAGAAGACGAUGAAAAACAAAUAUUAAAAACAAAGAAAUCGCCCAAGAAAACAGUAGCAAAACCUACUACAACACCAAAAGCACAAUUAUUCAAAGUACAAAGUAAUCGUUUACUCAGGGAAAAUUUAACAAUAACUACUUAUCGUAAAGAACCGUUUUUCGAAGACGAUUUAUCUGUCCCAUAUGUUUCAUCAAUUGUUCAAAGCAAAUUAGCAAUUCGAGCUGUACUGAUUAAUGAUCCAAUACUGCUGAAAGGUCUUAUUGAUGAUGUUAAUCGUGUUUGUUCGGUACAUGUACAACGUGGUCUUCACAAUGAAUUGACAGCUAUUCAUUAUGCUAUUAAAAAUGAUAAUAUAGAACUUCUUAAAAUUUUACUCGAAGAUUUAAAAACACCAAAACUUGAUCGAUGUCCAUUUCCAACUGUUACAAUGACUACACGAAGUACAGGAAGAGCAAAUAUUCAUGCGUUUGGUUUUCGAACAGCUCAAAUUAUGGCUAGUCGUGGUGCUAAAGAGGGCAAUAAUGCAUUAAUUAAAGAUAAUAUGAAUGCAUUAACAAUAUAUCAUGGUCAAGAAAUAAUUCUAUAUGCAAUAAAAAAUAAUUGUACACGUCAAAUAUAUGAUCUACUUUUAGAAGCUUAUGCCCACAAUAAUAAUGUUUAUGAAAAUAUUUCUCAUAUUGUUCGAGGUGGUUAUCGUAAAUUAGCUGCAAGUAUUAUUGGUGAUAUUAAAGAUAAUACAUUUUAUGGAUUUAAUAAUCUUCAUCAUCAAGUUUUACUUUUUGAUGGUGAAGAUUUAACAAUCAAUCGAGCAACAAGUGUUGUUAAAAAGACCAAAGAUAAUUUUCAGAUAACACCAAUCCAUUGUGCAGCUAUUAAUCCAAAUUCAAAAUAUCUUAAACAAUUAUUAAAUGUAAUGCCUGAAUAUAAUAUUCUUGAUAAAUAUGAAAGACGACCAAUACAUUUUGCUGCAGCAUGUGAAGGACCAGAACCACUUGAAUUUCUUUUAUCAAAACAAGUGAAUUUUAAUGAUGUUGAUCGUGGUGGUAAUUCUUCUUUACAUAUUGCUGCUAUGUAUGGUCGAGCAAUAAAUGCUGAGAUUUUAUUACGUACAGCUAAAGAAAAGGCGGAAUCAAAUGAUGCUGAAGAUCAAAUAGUUCAUCAAAAAUUUGGUCUUGCAUCUAUAAAUCGUUUAAAUAAAACACGAUUCUAUCCACUUCAUUUAGCUGUUGUUAAUAAUCAUUUAGAAUGUGUCAAAGUUUUACUUGAAUUUGGUGCCAAUGUUGAUGCACCAACUAGUACAUCGUCAGGAAAAUUAACGCCAUUGAUGUUAGCAUGUCAAAAAGGUUAUUUAAAAAUUGUUGUACAUUUAAUUGAAAAUGGUGCUAGAGUUGAAGCACGUGAUCGUUUUAAACGUACACCACUUAUUCAUGCUUGUAUGUGUGGUAAUGCUCAUAUUGUUUCACAUUUACUUCGUAUGGGUGCCAAUGCAAAUGUUUGUGAUUCAUCAUUAAAUACAGCAUUACAUUAUGGUAUUGCAUAUGGCUGGUAUUUUUGUGUACGUUUAUUAAUUGAAGCUGGAGCAAAUGUAAAUUGUGUUAAUUCGUGGCAAACAACUUGUUUAGCAGCUGGAUUUUUAAAAGGACAUUAUGGAAUUUGUGAUUAUCUUUUAACAGAUCAUCAUGUUGAUAUUAAUUUUAAAACUGAUGAUGGAUUAACAUUAGUUAUGUUAACUGUUGGAUUAGAUGUAUCAUCAUCAUCUGUACAACAAUUAGAUUAUGUUGUAACAAAACAUAAAGCUGAUUGUACAUGUGUUGAUUCGAAUGGAAAUAAUGCAUUUCAUUAUUUGGCAAGCAAUAUAUCAGGACAAAAUAUACAUUAUGAGAAAAGCGAAGAUGAAAAAGCUCAUCAUGACAAUUUCUUUCAAAUCGCUCAAGUUCUUUUUGAUCAUGAAUGUGAACCCAAUAAAUUGAAUAAUAAAGCUCAAUCGGCUCUUAUGAUUGCAUUAGAAGCAGGAAAUUUUCUUCUUGUUGAUUAUUUAAUUAAUAAAGCUAAAGUUGAAAUUAAUCCGGAUGUAAGUCAUGAUGGUAAAAAUUUAUUACAUUAUUUUGCAAUUAAAUGCGAUGAAUAUGAUCUUAUACAAACAUUAAUUAAAUUGCCAAUUAAUGAUGAAAUUAAGAAAAUGAGUCAAAUGUUUGAUAAUAGUGGUCGAACACCAUUUCAUUAUUGUACAUCAAAAUUCAAUGAAUUUUGUCUAGCAAAUAAAUCUGCAGAUGGUACAGAUCUAUUAAAAAAACAAUAUCAGUCAAUUAUUCAAAUGAUUGAAUAUUGUCUUGAAUCAGUUCAAUGUGAUCCAGAUCUUGAAAUUCGAUCAAAUAAUGAUUUAAAAAAGUCUACAACUGAACAGAGCAUUGAUGAUGAAGAACAAUCCAAUGAAAAUAGUCAACCUAUGGAUGAUAGUUUAGAUAACGAAAAGAUUUCAAAACCUAAAGAAACUAGUAUUUUUUCUCUAUUACGUACUGUUUCAUUUGCUAGUCAACAUCCUCUUGAACUUUUUCUUACAAAAACAAAAAAUAUAAAUGUUCUCCAUCAUGAAACACAACGUACACCAUUACUUGAAGCUAUAUUUCUUCAAGAGUAUCAAACAGCACAUAUGCUUAUGAAAGAAUCUUCAUGUGAUAUUAAUUUAUCAACAUCCAUUGUUGAAAAUGAACGUCAACAAACACCAUUAAUUUUAGCAUGUAAAUUACAAUCAUUAUUAAUUAUACGUGAUUUAUUAAAUCAUAAACAAUGUCAUAUAUUAGCACAUGAUAAUCAACAAAAUCAAGCGAUACAUUAUUAUUUAGCGACAUCAAAUCGUUCAAAUCAAUAUUUAGAUUUAUUGAAUUUAUUUAUUGAAAAAUUAAAACAAAUUGAUAGUUUAAAUAUGUCAGGAAAAGAUGAACGUACACCAUUACAUAUAGCUGUUUAUCAUAAUUCAGGUGCAAUUGAUUCAACAACUGAUGUUGAAGAAAUCUUAAUUGAUAAUAAAUGUGAUUUACUUAUCAAAGAUAAAUUAGGAAAUAUACCAUUACAUAAUAUUUUUUUAAAUAAAAAUAUUGGUGAUGAUCCUGUUGAAUUAUGUGUUUUAAUUCUUAAAGCAAUGAAAUAUGAAUCAUUAGAUACGAAAAAUAAUGAAGGAAAUACACCAUUACAUUUAGCUGUUUUAAAAUGUUCUACUGUAUGUAUUACACUUUUACAACAACACAAAGCUAGUUUAAUAAUUGAAAAUAAUUUAUCGAAUUCAAUCAUUGGUACUUGUAUUGCAUCAGGUCAUCUCAAUUUAUUUAUAACAUUUCUUCAACAAUCGAUUGAUAUUGAUCUUGGUAAAAUGCAUAAUAUAUUAAUUAAAGAAAUAUCAUCAGAACCUGCUCAACAAAACAACAGUCCAUUUAUGACUGCAUCCUUUUUUCCAACUAUGACUCCAUCCCGUUUUCCAAUGCGAGCUAAACGAGUACAAUUGACUCCUCGUUUGAAAUCUACACAAAAUCAGAUAACUACAACAGAAAAUAAAUUAUUAAAACAAGAUAAUGAUAAAGAGACAUGGAUAUGGAAAUAUGCAGAUAUAAAAAAACCUAAACAAUUUAAACAAUAUUCAUUGAUUUAUUUAAUUAUUGAACGUGAUUGGCAAGGUGCAUUAUCAUUAAUUUUAAAUGAUCUUGAACGUUUUCAUUUAAGUUAUAUACAAGUACUUGAAGCUGCUAUAUUAAAGAAUAAAUUAAAUCUUGUUCUUCGUCUUUUAUCACGUCUGAAAGAUAAAACUAUUUUACAUGGAAAAAAUUCUCAUCGACAAAAUCUCUUUCAUUUAUUAGCGAAUAUGGAUUCAUAUGAUAAUGAUAUAUUUAAACAAAUACUUUUACAUAUUCAUGAAUAUCAUGUCGAUUGGAAUCUAUCAGAUAAAUAUGGUUCAUAUCCAAUACAUUAUGCAUGUGUUAAACAAAAUUUUCUUUUUCUUUCUUUCUUACGUGAAAAAUAUCCAACAGAAUUUAGUUUAAAUCAACUUGAUACAUAUGAUAAUCCAGCAAUUAGUCUAUUAUUUUGGACAACAAAAACAGAAAUUCAGAAAAAUGAAAUUCAAUCUUUAGUUAUAUAUGGUAAACAAUUAGAUUGUUUAUGUAAUUAUCAAAAUGAAAUAGCAAUGAAUCCAUUAUCAUUUGGUUAUAAUGAUUCAUCAGAUACAAAUGAAUCUUAUCCACCAAUGAAAUCUGAUACUAAUUCAACUAAUAUACGAACAUCACCAUUAAUAAAUGCUAUUGUUCAUAAUAAUUUUCAACUUGUUAAAUUUUUACUUCAACUUGAUACGGAUGUUAAUUUUCCAGAUGCAGAAAAACGAACACCACUUAUGCAUGCUGUUCGACAGAACAACAUUGAUAUUGUCAAAUUACUUCUCAAUAAAGAUUAUUCUCUAGAAGAAAAAUCUGAUCCAUUUCAAGGUUUCCAAGCUCAUCAUAUUGGACUACGUCCUGGUAGGGGAAAGGUUGCACCAAAUUUUUUUCUCGGUGCUACAGCAGCAGCAGCAGCUCCAAUUUCAACUUCAUCAACAACAUCAACUGAUGAAUCCAAGAAAUUUCUUGUAACAUCAACAAUUGAUUUAAAUGCAAGUGAUCCACUUGGUCGUACAUGUAUACAUCAUUUAGUUCAACCAUUUCCUGAUGGUUCCUAUACAAGUAAUAUUGAAUUACUUCGUUUACUUCAUUCAUCAGGUGCAUCAAUAACUCAACUUGAUCUUGCUGGUUUAUCACCAUUACAAUAUGGUGCUAUUAAUGGUUGUCAACAUUUAUGUGAUGAAUUAAUAAAAUUAAUUAAUGAUGAAACAGGUUCAACUCAAGCCAUCAUUGAACGAUUUUAUAUCAAUGAUCCAAAUAAAAAUCUUCUUGAUCAACCUGAUUUUUAUUCUGAUGCUCAACAAUUAAUUGAUAAAUAUAUUUCUAAACAUCCAUCACAUACACAAAAUACUGCCUAUCAAGUUGAUCAUUUAUCUGGUAUGAGUGUUACAGGUGAAGUUUUAAUUGAUACAGACAAAAAUGAACCCUAUGAUGUACGUUUAACAAAAACUGAUGUUAAUUAUGGUAUUGUUGGUUUAUAUAAUUUUUAUCGUAUGCAAAUAAUAAAACAUAAAAGUAAAAAUAAUUUAUAUUUUCUUUUUACACGUUGGGGACGUAUUGGUGAUGCUGAAGGUCAAUAUCAGUUAACACCAUAUUCAACAUUAGAUGAAUGUCGAAAAGAAUUCUUAAAAGUUUUUCGUGAAAAAACUGGUAAUGCAUGGAAAGAUACAAAUCAAUUUGAAAUUAAACCAAAAAAAUAUACAUUAAUUAAAUUAAAUGAACGUGAACUACAUAAGUAUUCAAAUGUACCAAUUGAUUUUGAACGUUUACAAACUGAACAUAUAUCAUCCAAACUUCAUUCAUCCAUAUUUAAAGAUUUUCUUAAAACAUUAAUUAAUCGUCAAGCUAUACGUUUAAAUAUUGAUAAAACACAAUUAGAUAUUGAAUGGAUGCCUGUAUCACAAUUAAAACGUGAAACAUUACAAAAAGCACGUGAUUUAUUAAUUGAAUUAAAAAAUAAUAUUGAGAAAAAACAAGAAUUAACUUUAGCAAUACAACGAGGAAAAACAAUUGAACAACAAAAUCAAUUUAAAACUAUUUUAGAUUCGAUUUAUAAACAUACCAAUGAAUAUUAUACAAUAAUACCAUUACGAGGUUAUGCGGAUGAAAAAUUACCUAUUAUUGAUAAUGAAGGUCAACUUAAACAACAAGAAAAAAUACUUGAUGAUUUACUUGAACUUGAAUUAUCCUAUAAAAUACUUUUAGGUGCACAAGCUAAUUUAAAAACAAUUUCACCAUUAGAUUAUUUAUAUAAAUCAAUCAAUUGUCAAUUUGAAGCUAUGAAUAAAGAUGAUAUUGAUUCACAAUUAAUUUUACGUUAUAUAUGGGCAAGUGCAUCAAGUAUACAAGUUGAACAAAUAUUUAAAAUUGCACGUCCAAACGAGGAUGAACGUUUAUAUAAAUCGAAUCUUGAUAAUCAUUAUUUAUUAUGGCAUGGUACUAAUAUUUGUAAUUUAAUUAGUAUACUUACAAGAGGACUUCUUGUUGGACCAUUAGCUGCUAUGGCAAGUGGAAGUUUAUUUGGAAAAGGAAUUUAUACAGCAGAUACAUUUGCAAAAAGUCUUGGUUAUUGUUCAGGUGUAAAACAGAAUGAUGGUGGUGGUGAACGUUGUUUUAUGAUAUUAUGUGAAGUUGCUUUAGGUGAAAUUAAAGAAAUGGGUUUAAAUAAUGAUGAUGGUGAUGAUGGUACAAAACAACUUGAUUUAAAUCAAUUUCAAAGUCGUAAAGGUACUGGUCGACUUAUACCUGAUCCACGAUAUACAGUUACACGAAAUUAUGGUGUUCGUAUGCCACUUGGUAAUAUGAUCGAUAAUACAGAUAUUAAAGUUGGUUUUUAUGGUCUUAAUUAUAAUGAAUAUAUUGUAUAUGAUGAAUCACAAGUAGCUUUACGUUAUCUUGUGCAAUUUCGUCGUUAA